AUGGAGACGGAAAUGCAAUCCAGCGAGGUCGGUGAAGUCGCCUUCUCCCCAGCGACUCCUACGCCAGCAGUAAAUACACGUGCGUGUAGCGCCUGCAAUCGCCGCAAAACAAAGUGUGACCGAGCCCGUCCGACUUGCAGUUGCUGCUGUCGUGCUCAAUCUUCGUGCGAGUACCCGACCAAACGGAAGAAGCUGCAACGCAACCCGAGCAACCAUCGCAAACUCGAACAUGUGGUACAGGACAUCAGUCGCCUCAUAGAGAUGCUCGACCAGAAGCCCUCCACCGCCGCCGCGGAUGAUGCAGAUAAGAAGAACGAGUUAACCCGCGCGGUUGCGAGUCCAAGCAUCGUCCUCGAAAACGCAUCGAGCACUGGCUUUUCGGGCAUCCCCGAUGUGCAACUACUGUCCUCGACCGAGUACAUGCAGGACAUCUUUGCAGACGUCCCCAGCUCGACAUUGGAGCUCAGUGUCGCUUCACUGCAACCUCCAUCCGACGACCUUGGUUGUGUAGAUGCCGCCCUGGAGCGUCUGUCCAAAAUCCAGGCCUCCACUUUCAUAGAGCAUGCCUCGGCCCUCCAGCUCGUCGACAUUUUCUUUGACCACGUGCAACCCUGGAUGCCGAUCUUGCACCGUCCAAGGUUCACAAAGACAUGCAAAGAGCGGUUAAUGUACGGCGACCACGCUUUAUCUGCCCUCGACUCGGAUAGCGCGUUCCUCUUGUGCAGUAUCUUUGCGUUGGCCGUGAGGUUCGCACCGCCAGCGCUUACUGGUGGACAAUCCUUCGUCGGCAAAGAGGGAUACUUCGCCCUGCAGGCACAGCGUCUGCACUUUGAACUUCAGGCCCGUGGUAUGUAUAGCCUCGAGACCCUACAAGGCAGUGUCAUGCUGUCGUACUAUUCGCUCACGUCGGGCGACUUUGCAAGUGCGUGGAUUCGUACCGGGUUCUGCGUGAGGUUUGCCCAAGAGCUCGGGGUCUGCGAUAUUGAUGCUGACCCUACUCGUCGCUGGAGGCAGAACAUGGACUGGGUGGAAAUGGAGGAAAGAAGACGAGCAUGGUGGCUGAUCUGGGACUUGGACACUGUCUUGUCCACCAUGUCCUGCAGACCUUUCGCAGUCGACAGACGUCUCAACCCGGUCCUGCUUCCAGUGACCGACGAUCUUUGGUUUGCAGAGGUGGGGGCCGCAUCGGUGCGGAUCACCUCGGAGAACGAAGAUCCAUGGAAGUCCCUGGAAGGGUGUGGAAAUAAGAGUUCAUACGCCUGGUACCUUGUGUCAAGGCUUCUUGUAUCUCUCGGGCACGAUGCCGUCCUCUCUGGUGACACCUCUCUCCACGAUGAGAGGACCUUUACGAAUGAGAAGAUGUAUUUGCAGCUUCUUAUCCGCCUACCACCACACCUUUCCUCGGUCAAGGAAAGACCCGUCGCGGAAAGUAAUUGGGCAACUUUUGCGCAUCUGGUCCUCGCCUGUGCUUUUGCCACGCCUUCCACCAGGCCACAUGCGGCCUGGGACAACCACAUCAACACAAACGACAUGGUAGCACUCCAAGACGAGCUGAAGGUAAGGAUACUGGAAAUCCUCACCCGAUGGCCAAUGCAUCAUGCAGCAUCUGCCUCACCUCUGGCAGCCUCCCUAUCAUGUGCCAAUUUGCUCAAAGAUGCAGACUGGGUUCACUUCGACUGGGCGAUUCCGGUUCAAGUUGGCCUGUUUGGGGGCCGGCACGGUGUCAUGACGACAACGAUUCAACCGUCCACGCUUGGUAGUGUGCUGAACAAACUUGAAAUAGUCUAG